UCUCCCUCGCCACCUCUCUCUCUCUCUCUCUCUCUCUCUCUCUCUCUCAACCUUCACACCCCCGUAACCGCCACAACCUAACCAACCGCUCCUCCCCUUUUCCGGCGGAGGGAGACACACACGCCCGCAAUGCCGCGUGGCAUCUUCGCCUGCUUCGGCAAGCCCCACGUCCACUCCUCCGCCCCCGCCCCCGCGGGGGCGGCUGCAGUGGCAGAGGAUCAGGCAGGGGCUGUGCUGGUGGAGCUGUUCUUGUCGCAGGGGUGCGCCACCUCGCCGGAGGCGGAGCUGCUGCUGUCGAGGCUGGGGAGGGGGGACUUCGAGGUGGAGGCUCCGGUGGUGGUGGUGUUGGCGCACCACGUGGACUACUGGGACUACAUGGGGUGGAAGGACCCCUUCGGAUCGAGCCUGUCCACGGUGAGGCAGAAGGCCUACGUGGAGGCGCUGAGGCUGGACACCAUGUUCACGCCGCAGGUGGUGGUCCAGGGUCGGUCCCAGUGCGUCGGCACCGACCAGGACGCCUUGCUCUCUGCCAUCGGGUCCGCCCCUCGAUUCCCUUCGCCGAUGCUCCAGGCAAAUUUCCAGAGGCCGGCACCGGAUUCUUUACAAGUGUCGCUGUCCGGAGUGUUGAGGAUGAAGGUGGAAGGCCAAGCUAAUGUGAUGGUGGCUCUAUAUGAGAAUGGAUUGCUGACCGACUGCUUGAAGGGAGAGAAUAAAGGGCGGGUGUUAUCCAACGAUUUCGUUGUAAGGAAGCUCGAGAAACUGUGUACCGUCAAGGAUAUUUCAGCAAAGAAGACGGUUUCGGGAACUGUUAAUUUUCCAUUGUGGGAAGGUUUCAAAAGCAGCAAAUGUGGGAUUGCGGUCUUUGUUCAGAACAGUGCUUACCAGAUCUUUGGAUCACAGAAUGUCCUACUGCCAGAUAAUAUGUGAAAGUGAGACAAAAUCUUAUAUUCUUUGUCGCAGCAUGAGGGCCUUGAGUUCUGACCAUUUUGUACAGGGUGUGUGGUGGUUGAGCACCAUGUUUUCUUCUUUUAAUGCUCCGUUGUUGUCGGCUGCUGGUUGAACUUUCUUUUGUCAUUGAUUCUUUUAGGAGAGAGAGCAUAUCUGACUUUCAUUAUCGAACCCUUUGAAGGAUCUUGCGAUUCUUCAGUGUUUGGAACUCAAUACAUCGUGUGAUUGCACUGUC